CGAGUUUGUAUCCAUUCAAGAGCUUGCCGCGGCUAGGAGCGUGUUGAAAAGGACACAGAUGCGUCUGUCAAACCGAGACUUUAAAUUAAUUUACAAACUUCUCGAAAACAUUUGCAGAAACUGCAAACUCGCAAGGUUGUACAGAUUAAAGAUUGAAGAUAUUUGCAACUCCGCUUUCGGAUUUUCUUUUUUGCUUUGAAUGCGAAAACAUUGUGCAACUGGAAGACACAUCGGCAAGCCGCAUACUACUAGGAACUGCCACAUACAGUCAAUGAUUCAUUGAUAACUGCACUGGCACGUAUGAGCUGUAGUGUGGGGCACUAGUGUCUGCAGUCUAAGGCCCACACUUUAUUUUUUCCAGAUUAUUUAUUAUUAUUAUUGUUAUUAUUGUUUAUUAUUAUUAUUAUUAUUAUUAUUAUUAUUAUUAUUAUUAUUAUUAUUGUUUAAUUUAAUUUGGAAUCGAUUUUUUGUAGAUUCAGGCGCACAUAUCGUUAAAAUGCUCCAGUAUAAUAAGUAGUGUGUGUAUUGGUCACCGGUAUACAUUAAUUCUUCUCUAUCGCCUCCAAAGUAAUUUUUACUAAUGCUAGAUAAACUCAGACCCGUUAAUUUCAAUUCGGUAAUAAAAACGAUGAGCAAGACCGUGGGUUGGCUGAAAGAGCAGCUCCAGACAGGCAACGACAGUCUGCUGGUAAUGGACUGCCGAGCCCAGGAGCUCUACGAGUCCUCGCAUGUCGAGGCAGCCAUAAACGUGGCUAUCCCCAGCCUCAUGCUUCGGCGACUCAAGAAGGGCAACCUGCCUAUCAAGUCGCUGUUAGCUAACGGGGAGGACAAGGAGAAAUUUGUCCGAAGGUGUAGGACAGACACAAUCGUGCUUUACGAUGAGUACAGCAGCGAGUGGAAUGAGAACGUGGACGGGGACUCCGUGCUGGGGCUCCUGUUGAGGAGAAUGAAGGAUGAAGGCUACAGGGCUUUUUACUUGGAAGGCGGAUUUAAUACAUUUCAAGCAGAGUUUCCUGCACACUGCGAAACUAAUCUGGACAGCUCCUGCAGCAGCAGCAGCUCGCCCACAACGCCAGUGCUCGGGUUAGGGGGGCUCAGAAUCAGCUCUGACUCUUCCGAUAUCGAAUCAGAUGUUGACCGGGACCCCCACAGUGCCACCGACUCUGAUGGCAGCCCCUUGUCCAAUACCCAGCCUUCUUUCCCUGUUGAAAUCCUGCCUCACCUCUACCUGGGAUGUGCCAAAGACUCCACCAACCUAGACAUUUUGGAAGAAUAUGGCAUUAAGUACAUCCUGAAUGUGACCCCGAAUCUCCCGAACCUGUUUGAGAAUGCUGGGGAGUUCAAGUACAAGCAGAUCCCCAUCUCCGAUCACUGGAGCCAGAACCUCUCUCAAUUCUUUCCCGAGGCAAUCGGCUUUAUUGAUGAAGCACGCAGCAAGAAGUGUGGUGUUUUAGUCCACUGCUUAGCUGGGAUCAGCCGUUCCGUUACAGUGACCGUGGCAUACCUGAUGCAGAAGCUAAACCUGUCCAUGAAUGACGCCUAUGAUAUAGUAAAGAUGAAGAAGUCUAACAUUUCCCCUAACUUCAAUUUCAUGGGCCAGCUGCUGGACUUUGAGAGGACCCUCGGAUUGAACAGUCCUUGUGAUAACCGAAUCACUACCCAGCCUCUCUACUUCACUACUCCCACCAACCACAACGUUUUCCAGCUCGACCCUCUCGAGUCCACGUGAGCACAGUCAGCCCUGACCUGCCGGUGACUGCUCUGGAAAUAUUUUUUUGUCUUUUGUCAAGAACCUUUUGACAAGAUUGACGGAACUGGUCUGAACUAACAGCUGUCGGAUGUGCUUACUGAAGACGUGGGAGACUAAUCUAUGGAAGCAGCUGUAGCAGAGAGGGAGGGCCAUAACUCUCCUUUCUUUUUCUUUUUCUGUCUGUCUCUUUUGAACUGAGACAUUUAAUUAUUCUAAAGGUUAAGAGAGACAAGGUGCACAGUUGCAUGUGGGCAGUAGACUGGAAAACCAAGAAUUCCAAAGAGAUGUGGUUGGUUGAACUGGACUUUUUACAAGCACUUGCGCCUACAGGCUGAUUUUAGCUUUGGGUGUAUAGCAGCUUAUAUAUACAUGUUUGUUUUAUUUAUUUUGUAAUAUAUAUAAUAGUCUUCCGUGAAGACUGGCUAUAAGUGGGGGGUAUCUUACUGAAUUACAGCAGGUUUUGAUAUUCCCCUGCUUUUUGUGGAGAAGUCUGUGUUUUUAAACCAUCUAUUAUAUAAAUUGUAAAAUAAAUAUCUCUUAAUAGUGCAGCCUUGCUCUCUUGUAUCUGAAAAAAAAAAAAAACCACAACUGUAAAUCGGUGGGUACUGAUAGUUUUCCAUGUAUGCAUCCCAAGUAAUAAUCUUUAUAUAAUUGUUUUAAUAUGCCAAAUAUGAAUUGUAUAUUUGCAUUUUGGUUGAGUCUGACCAUUCUCUAGUUCUGAUGCUUAAUGUAUGGGUUAAAUCUAUAGGCCUUUCUUUUGCUUUCAUAAAAACAAAUUAGAACCACUUGCUUUAUGCCUUUAGCUCUGUACAUAGAAGUGCAUAUGCCCUUAACCUUCCUAUGAUUUUUUUUACAGUGCCCCCUACAAGCCUAAACACAGAGAUAGGUGUGUUCCUCUUAAUGUGUCACCAUGGUGUAUAGAAAGAAGAAUUGUACUCUAUUUUAAUGUUAGUAAGUUAUGGGUGAUUUGUGUUAAUAGUGACCUAUGUUAAUAUGAUCAUAAUGCACUGUAUUGCAUGGAAUAUAGCAUAGUUGAUCCUCUAUAUGAUAGUUGUUGCUUUUUAAGUGAGGAAUUUUGGCCUGCCAGUGGAAGGUGGAAUCGAGGAGGGUUAAAGCAAGUGGAGUUUGUUUCUGUGCAAGUGGCUGAUCUUUUGUUUGUUUUUAAUAUUCUGGUGGGAGCUAUAUAUAUGUUUGUGUGUGUGUAUGUAUAUAAUAUAAUUAUACGCACACAUAAACAGAGAUGCAUUACCUCUGUGUCAGUCAUCUUCAGGGAACUUUAAUCACACAAUGCAAUAGUCCAUGGUAAAGAAAAGAGAGACAAAUAGACAUCUGUUUUUACUGCACUUGUAGAGAUGGUCAAUGAGAGAGUGACCCCCUCCCCCUACACUAUCCUAUUGUUGGUAGAAAGUGGGAGUCUGGAUUUAUCUUAAGAAUGUACACAUUUAAAUUAUUAAUAAACAGCUAUUUUGUCUAUUCAGAACUGUA